CUACUAGAGCUGGCUAGUGAUGUGCGUGCAAAAUUUCUAAACAUUUAUUGUGCGGUGAAAUCCAAAAUAUCUCGCGAACUAGCAAAACUCCGCCGAGUGUCAGUGAUAAAUUCGACUGCACUCCCAAAUUUCAACAUCGAGCAGGCUUCAACCUCCAGGGCUGGUGUCCGGGCCACUAGGCUGCCUGAGUUUAAGCUGCCACGAUUUGGAGGCGCUUAUAUGGACUGGCCAGAUUUCUACGCUAUGUACACUACAGUCAUCGGCAACAACGAUGACCUGACCAAUUUGGAAAAAUUCCAGCAUCUACGCUCCUGUUUGGAUGGCCCCGCGUUAGACACAAUUCGCUCGCUGGAGCCAACAGAGGCCAAUUAUGAGAAGGCAGUCGACCUAUUGACUGCUAGGUUUGAUAACAAACUUUUGCAUUUUCAGGGGCACAUACGAUCUAUUUUCAGGCUUUCUAGUGUGGUGAAAGGGUCGGCAAGGAGUUUGCGGCAAUUGAGCGACGGCAUCAACUCUCAUCUGCGAGCCCUUAACACAAUGGCAACCACCCAGGAGAUUGCGGAUGGAAUGCUCAUAUCCCUGGUGUCCUCCAAACUGGAUCAGCAUACCCAGGAGAAGUGGGAAGAGGGAUUGCCUACCAAUAAGCUGCUAAAAUGGACGGAUAUGGCUGCCUUUUUGGAGAAGAGAUGUCGGAUGAUGGAAAACAUUGAAAAUGCUAUGGUAACCCACACACCUAGCAACCAGAAUCGCGCAGAUUCAAGAAAGGACCAAGGAUAUGGCUUGGCAUCAUAUAUCGACCCACUACAACCCGGCUGACAUAUUAUCCAGAGGAUGUACUCCGCUCGAACUUUUGGAUUCGACGCUGUGGCGUGAGGGCCCACCAUUCCUGCGGACAGACGAAGCUUGCUGGCCGCCUCAUACGCCUACUCUAGUAGAUGUGCCUGAACGCCGCCGCCUCGCGCUGGUGCUGACGCAAAGCCAGGAUAUUUCGUAUGGCUGCAAGUUUCAAAAUUGUUUUGGAAAGCUGCAGCGAGUCUUUGGCUACAUACAUCGGUUCCUAAUGCUAAAAGCCAAGGAUGAGCCACGACGGCGAGGACCUCUUACAGUAGACGACAUCAAGGGAGGCACGCAUCUGCUCAUCAAGGGAAUCCAGCUCAUCAACUUUGCUGAGGAGUAUAAGGCCCUGCAAUCCGAAAGGCAGAUUUCCUCAAAAAGCAAGCUGUACUCGCUGCAUCCAAUCUGCGAUGAAUCGGGACUUAUUCGAGUUGGCGGUCGGCUGCAGAAUUCAUUAUUGGAUUAUGAUGCAAAACACCCAAUUUUGCUUCCCAAGGAUCAUCCAGUCACGUCAGCAAUCAUAGCUCACUAUCAUUUGAAAUUUCUUCACUCAGGCCCGCAGAGCUUAUUGGCGGCCUUACGGCAAAGGUUUUGGCCAAUUGGUGGUCGAAAAAUAGUCGCCGCCACUAUCAACAAAUGCAUUCGCUGCUUUCGAUUAAAGCCCAAAUUAGCUGAGCACAUCAUGGCCCCCUUGCCAUCCAACCGCGUGCAGCCAAGUCGACCAUUUGUCACAGUGGGAAUCGAUUUCUGUGGUCCUUUCUACUCCAAGUCUGAAGUCAGAAACCGGCCACCCGUCAAAUGCUAUAUCGCAAUAUUUGUUUGCUUCGCCACUAAAGCCUGCCAUUUGGAGCUGGUGGAGGAUUUGUCUGCGGCUUCAUUCAUCGCUGCCCUCAAGCGCUUCAUAAGCCUAAGGGGCAAGCCUGGCACAAUAUGGUCCGAUAACGCUACAAACUUCGUUGGAGCCAAAAACGAGCUGCUGGAACUGAGGCAACUGUUUCUCGCCGACCCUCAAAACAGCGAUCUUCAGCAGGCCUUCGUUUCCAUCGGGAUCAAAUGGCAAUUUAUUCCCCCUCGUUCGCCUCAUUUCGGCGGCCUAUGGGAGGCUGCCGUCAAAUCUGCAAAAUAUCAUUUUCAUCGGGUCGUUGGCAACACUAUUCUCUCAUUCAAUGAGCUUCGCACUUUAGUUUAUGAAAUUUCAGCGAUGCUUAACUCUCGACCGCU